AUCGAUCACCAAAACGGCAGUCCUUACCUGUAAUUAAUGAAGUAACCAUCAAAAAUGUUAAAAAUAGUAUUAUUAAGUUUUGUAUUACUAGCACCGAGUGUGUUAGCGAAGUUUAGGUUUGAUAAUUACACUUUGUACAAGAUUUUGCCUAAAAAUGGGCAAAUUAAAUUACUACAAAAUCUUUACGAGCAUGACUCGAGGUUCGACUUCUGGACGAAUCCAGGACGUGCCGACUUUGUGAGUGUGAUGUCAAGUCCUGAAAAUAAGGCGCAUUUGGAAAAUCUGUUGAACAAGAAUAAUGUUCAAUUUGAAAUUACAAUGGGCAAUAUCCAAGAAGCAAUCGACAAAGAACCAAUUAAAAGGUACACACGAGGAAACCUUAGGAGCAUGCAGUUCGAUGCUUACUACACUAAUUCUGAAAUCAACGCUUGGAUGGAUGACCUAGCUAGAGAAUACUCAGUUGUGACCCCCAUUAUCGCUGGAAGAUCGUUCGAAGGUCGGCAAAUCAGAGGAAUUAAGAUAUCCCAUGGAUCUCGUAGAAAAAUCAUUUUCCUCGAAGGUGGAUUGCAUGCUAGAGAAUGGAUUUCUCCAGCAACUGUUUGCUACAUCACUCAUCAGUUGCUUACCAGCCGUGACCCUGAGAUUAUGGCUGCUGCCCGCGAUUUUGAUUGGUAUAUUAUUCCUGUCGCUAACCCUGAUGGAUACAUCUGGAGUCACGAUGAAUUCAGAAUGUGGCGUAAAAAUAGACGUCCCGUAGGACAACACUUCGGCGUUGACCUCAACAGAAAUUGGAACAGCAAUUGGCUUGUUGCUGGAUCCUCUAUAGACCCAAGCACAGAGAUCUACGCUGGCCCAGGACCUUUCUCGGAACCAGAAACAAGGACCCUAUCGGCUUAUUUGAGGACAAUUGGAGACAGAAUAGACUUGUAUCUCUCCUUCCACUCAUUCGGACAGUUACUUUUAGUUCCUUUUGGCAAUUCUACAGCUCCCUACGCUAACUAUCAUGAUGCGGUAAACAUCGGAAGGCGUGCGAUGGGCGCUUUGUCUGUUAGAUUCGGCACGCAAUAUGUUACUGGAAACAUUGUUGAGGCUAUCAAUUAUUACGGAACAGGUGGAACCAUUGAUUGGAUAAAGGAACAUCUCAAGGUUCCUUUAGUGUAUUGCUAUGAAUCCCGCGACCGUGGCCAAUACGGAUUCCUGCUUCCUCCAGACCAAAUCCUGCCCAAUGGUCAGGAGACCAUGGACUCUGUUGUCGACAUGAUUCAUCAGGCCAGAAGAUUUGGAUAUAUGACUGGGAAUUAGUGUUAAUAUGUAUAAUUUUGUGCAUCUGUUCUUGUUGUUGAAUAGAUGAAACAGUUAAUAAAAUGUGUUAUAGGUA